GUUGUUUCCCAACCGCCAAUCAAAUUUAAAAGAAGAAGAAGAGGCGUCGAGGUGGAGGGACGAUUUAAAACUAGACAAAUAGAAACGGUGAAUUCAGCAUAGGUACCACGUUACAAUGACGAGAGAAGUGAAGGUUAAAACCCCCAGCAGGCCUCCUCCAAAAAAACCCUCCAGCAACCAGACGGACCCAGUUGGGCUUUUGGUGCAGUUUGCAGAGAUGAUGCAAGUGGAGGAAGUGGCCAGGCCAGCGGACAGACCAAUCUGUAGCGCUACUCCAGGCCGUCAUCAUAGAAACCAGGCAUUCAAAGAUGAGCUGUCUCACAGAUUGGAAGAACGCAGUGGCCCAAUAGUUCCUGACAUGCCUGCUGCUGCUGCAAACACUCUGAUCCUCAGUCUCCCAUCUCUACCCUCCUGUGAGCUGACUGACCCACAUGAUGACAUCACGCUGCCCAGGCUGAUUGAAGCCCUGAAGAACAGGCAGAGGAUCAAGCAGAUGCUGAUGGAGGAAUACAGUAAAACAGCCAACAUGAUGAAGCCUGUGCUCCAAGAACUGGAUACCAGCCUAAUUUCCAAAGACAACUUUAUUCAGGAACAAAACGGCAAACUGAUAGAGAAAGACAAAAUCAUCCAAGGCAACAAGGCAGAGAUUGAACGUUUAGAGAAGAAAACAAAGAUGCAAGAACACAAGAUUGACAUCCUGCAGAAAACAACUAAAAUCUUUGAAGAUGACAAGCGCUCGCUGCAGCAUGAGCUGGAAACCAGAGAGCAGAGGCUGCAGAGAGAGCUGUCAGAGAAGAGACGCAUGGAGCAGCGCAUGCAUGGCGUGAUCUCGGACACCCAGUUCAAGUGGGAGAAAGAAUGUGAGAGACGUGUUAAUGCACUGCAGCUUGAGAUGCAAAAUAAGCUGUGGGUGAAAGACGAAAAGCUGAAGCAGCUCAAGGCCAUCGUGACAGAGAGCAAGACUCCAGGUCGCCCUGAACCUCCACCCCGUCAGACGCAGCCACAGCCUCUACCACAACCACAGCAUCAGCCCCGCUCUCAGCGACCCUCCAAAGAGGACCGCCUACCGCCAAAGAGAUCAGCAUCACCCUCACCUGUCCCCUGCCCAGUCGAUUCCCCUCAUGUCAGUCCAAAGCCAGAGUCACAGUCAGGCAGUGCUGCUAGUGAUGAGGAGGAUGAGACGAACCCAAGGCCCACCUGCCCCGUCCCCAGCAGAAGUACCUUUUUGUCUGUGGCUAGAUCUGCAUGUGAGGAGCAGGCAGCUCAGGACAGCAUGCAGGGUUACAGUUCCCCUAGUACACCCACAAGAACACCCACAAGACCCCAGGCCUCAACGGGCACUUCAGUCAGCCGGGCCAGGAGGAGAGCUGUGUGCUUGAGCAGAGUGGAUGAGAGAGACUGCUUCCCUUCCCCUUCGUUUCAUGUAGACCUAAUUGAAAGAAGAUACAGGACGACAGCACCAGUACGCCUGCUGCACCGUUGUUCCCGCUCUGCUGGUGGGGAGAAGUGGGUGGACCAUAAGCCAUCGUCUAGCAUGGACUUGGGCACAGUUUUGCAGCCGGUCAUCCCCAACGCCAUCCAGGUGUCUGCACCCAGCGAGAAGGCUCUGUCCAAGUGUGACAGAUACGUGCUAACGCACCAAGAAGUUGCCUCCGACGGCGAGAUACAGACCAAACUUAUAAAGGGCGAUGUCAUCAAAACGAGAGGAGGGGGGCAAGCUGUCCAGUUCACUGACAUUGAGACACUGAAACAGGAGCUCACUACAGUCCCAAGUUGGAAAAGGAAGUCUUCAGAAGGCGUGUCAGUCAGUGGAGAUGGAGCUUUGACUGAUGUGGAGACGAGGUGCUCUGUGGCUGUGGCGAUGAGGGCUGGAUCAAACUUGGGACCUGGGUUGGAGCAUCAUGCAGUCACCAAGCGCAGAAAACCCUAAAAGCUGCUAACAGAUCAACAGUGACCACUCCCCUUUAUCCUCACCUGGCUGUUGUGCAAUAAUAAAAAUAAUAUUAAUAAAAAAAAUGUAUUUAAAAGAGCCUUUCAAGACACCCAAGCACACUUAACAAUAGAAUAAAACACAUAAA